AUGGCACGUGCACAGGCUGGUGUUCGAGUUCCCGCAGAACCGGCUCACAAAAUCAUUGAAUGCAAGCUGCCAAAGAAACAGGUGAUAAUCAACCGGCUAAAUAAUAACAGAAUUCUGAACCUCUGCUGGUGGAAGCUAUUCUACUCAGGUGUGGAUAUCACGGCGCGAGCUCAGCCGGGUGUUGGUGUUCUGUUAGAACGCAACCAGGCUGAGAGAAUCAUUGAAUGGAAGCCUGUCAGCAGAAAAGUGGCAAUUCUCCAACUGCAGCAACAACAGGCUAAAGCUUUGACCUUGUUACAGGUCUAUGUGCCCAAUUUGGAGGAACAAUACAAGUCCUUCCUUGAGGAAACGGAGUAUGCGCUGAAAAGUGAAACAGGUGUGAUUGGAAAAAACGGCCCUAGCGACCUCAACAAUAACGGCAUUAAGUCGUUGCGGUUUUGUGCAAGCAAUGGAUUGCACAUGAUGAGCAUCUUCGAGCAUCGAAAAGAACAUCAGUACGCUUGGUACUGGGAAGCUUGUGCACAGAAGUCGAUGAUCGAUUUGAUAAUCGUGUCAUCUGACCUAAGACGCUCAGUAGUGGAUGAUCGCCUUAAGAGAGGCGCAGAGCCAUCAGCCGAUCAUCAUCUUGUUGUUGCUGUAAGAAAUGGAGUACCAUACGAAGAUCCGGUGGCACAAGCAACCGGAGAAUCAAAUGGGAAACUCUUCGGCGGAUUCGAAAAUAAAACUGGAAAAAACAUCUCGUGGCGGUUUGAAUUGAUCCCAGGGGAACGCUCAUUUCUAAUGUUAUAUUUAAAAUGGUUCGGCCUGCCUCCCGGAGGUCAGAAACGUACUCCUGGUGGACACCUGAAAUUCAACUGGCUGUCAGCGCGAAAAUGGCUGCCUUCCAGAGGUAGGUUGGCAGCAAAGUGCCUUCAACUCGAAUGUGAGGCACCACCGAAAGCAGUGACCAAAGCGAAGUCUGAUCCUUAUUAG